AUGAUCAAUGUCUGUCUUUGUGCAAAAUUUCAGUCAGAUCGCAGAGAAACCCAUCUCAGUGCUCUUAAAGGUAUAUUUCGAUAUCUCAAACGAACAAUAUCUCUCGAUCUGCAUUACAAAAGGAGUGAGUGUUUUGAUCUUAAAGGAUAUUGUGAUGCUGAUUUUGCUGGAGACAGAGUUGAACGAAAAAGCACAAAUGAAGGCUGCUACUUCAUUGGAGGAAACCUAGUCUCAUGGUUGAGCAACAAACAUAAUACAAUUGUGCUAUCAAUCGCUGAAGCUGAGUACAUAUCGGCUGCACACUGCUGUUCUCAACUCUUAUGGAUUAGGAAUCUACUAGAAGACUACAAUCACAUUCAAGGUACGAUUCCUGUCCUCUGUGAUAAUAAUGUUGCAUUUAUUAUUGAAGUCAUACUGAAGUGA